CAAUCAGAUGCGGCUUUGCUCGACACGGCGUUAUUUGAGUUGUUCGGACAGUAAGUGCACGCGUGAGGAAGUUGGAGAGGAUUCUGCCAUGGCGUGUAUCUGAUCCUCCCUCAUCGCAUCGUGUAGCGGAACCAAUACCGCUGCAGUGUUUCCAUUUCGGUCGUGAUCACGUCAGAAAUCCUGCUGACGCUUUUACUCAGCUUUGCACUAACAACAGAAGCUCCCAGGCAUCAUGUCUUUGCUUGAUGACCUCGUCUAUUUGUUGAGAUACGUCUUGGAAUAUUUUGGGGUUCCCCAAGAAAUGCUGGUUCCGGUUUGGGAAAGCCCUCUGCGUGGACAGUAUCGCAGCAUUGUCCGUAUGAUCGGCUCGAAUCUCCCCCUCACACCAUCUCCUCGGCUUCAUAUCCAGGUUCCUUUACAGACGAUCAAGACACAGGGUCAUGUUGAAGUGGAUACUCCUGGCAUUCCGUCUCUUGCGGAUGCAUUAUGGAUGGCUGAGGACGAAGGAGAUGUUUGCACCAGGUUCAGGAAUUCUGUCCCAAUGAGGAAACAAGGUUGGCCACAUGACUUAAAACCCUCAGCAGGUUUAUGUGUACGACUCGCUCCUGCAGCGCAGAAAAUGCACACAACGCAGGCAUCAAACACGCAACCGGAGGCUCUCAAGAAGAUCCAUGCCCUGGAGGCUGAGUUACUGAAACUCCGAGCUCAGAUUGCGCUGAUCGUCACCACGCCAACAGUGGACAGUCCAAUGACGGACAAUCCCACCACUCCAUGUUCAAGUUUUCAUGCUCCUGUUCUUACCUCGACUCCUUUCACCGCACUUCCACCUCCUCCACCGCCACCUCCACCACCUCCUCCACCCCUUCCUCCUUCUCCUGCGCUCGGCUCAGACCAGUUCUCUGUAACUGAUAUGAUUAGACAGAGGCAGGGAGCCAGGAAGGAGAAGGUUGGGGUAUGUAAGGCCUCACCAGCUGCAGUUCCUUCCAUGCUGGACGUCCUGAAGGAUAUGAACCAGAUUAAACUUCGUAAUAUAGAGAGGUCUCCAGGAGGGACACCUGUACGGAAAAGGAGGAGUAAAGGGACAGCGUGUGUGUCGGACCCCGCAGCUCUUAUUGCUGAAGCGUUGAAGAGGAAGUUUGCACACAGGCAGCGAGACGACUCGUUUGAUAAGGAGAACCGCUCAGCCGAGCCCUCGCCCUUCAGCAGCCCCGAUACGCCUCGAGUUCCAAUCUUCAAGCGACGCAGCCAGGGGCGAAACCAUUCGUCACCUUUUACCCGUGGGUCAGACAGGAAACCAUGUGAUGGAAAGUAGUCUGCCGAAAGAGGCUUUGAAGAUUUUUCUCUCUCUCACUUUCUUUCAGCCCCCGCAGUUUAUGGUACUUUUCUUCCUUAGAAGGACAAAUGAGCUGCCCUUCCCCCCCCCCCCACCAACCCCUUUUUUUAAAUAAAUUUCUGCAGUUCUUGCACUGAGUUUUGCUUGUUCAAUGUGAAUACGAGGGUGGAUGGUGACACUUCUGAGUUUACGUCAAAUCUAUACCUCAUGGACCUCUGUUUUGCAACGUGUCCGAUUUGUUAUUUUUUUUAAAUUGCCUGUUUUUGUUUUGGUUGUUGUCGUGUGUGUUUGCACUGCUUGAACUGUGUUUUCAGAACAGCAAUAAUUCAAAUACUCCUUUUUCUGCAAUGUGACUUUUUCCUCAGAUUUUACAAACAUUUAGAAAGUAUCAAGUAUGUCAUUUUUUCAAUGUAUGUGAAUGUACGUAUGUGCAUGUCGGUGAACACGCGGCGGCAGGUAUUUUGCAUCCAAACACUUCGGGAAAAGCAAAACUAUAUUCUCCAUCAUGUAGAAUAGUUGCAAUCGUUAGUACCUUUCACCCGUUUCAUUACAGCUAUACAGCUUUUCCGCAAUGACCUUGUUUCCAAAAUGAACGAAAAGAAAUAAACAAGUUCUCUCA